AUGUACCCGCAUUACCAUCAUCAGCCAGUGGAUGCCACCACCAAUGCUGUCCCUGGAUCCUUAUACCAGCAACCACGCCAUGUCGGUCAACAGUAUCACCAUCCGAUAGCACACCAUCCAAGUGUACCCACACAAGCACCCACACCCACUCGACAUGCCGUUUAUCAACCUCCCCCGCAACCAGCAGCACCCCCAGAACCGUUGCCAAGUGCCAGUGAUGUGCAACAUACGUUGGGACUCAAUCUUCCACAAAUGGCUGAAUUUGCUUCUUCCAUGGUGUAUCUAAUGUGGCACGCUCGACGUCCUUCUGUUAUGGCUCUUCAUGAUGCGUCAAAGUCAGCUGGGGGUCCUAAUACAGCCGAGCAAGAUGCACAGAGUCGUGAGACAGCCCAUAUUGCCAAUGCAACGAGUAGUGCUUUCAAAAAGUUUUCUCGACAGAUUUUACAUGCAACACAGCUAUCCGAGUCGGUUGUCAUGCUAUCAUUGAAGUACAUUGCGAUGCUUUUACAACGAAAUCCCAAUAUCCAGGGAGCAGAGGGAUCCGAAUAUCGACUAUUUACAGUUGCAUUGAUGUUAGCCAACAAGUUUCUGGAUGAUAAUACUUUCACCAACAAGACCUGGUCCGACGUAUCAGGAAUGAAAGUGACCGAUCUCAACAUUAUGGAACUCGAGUUUUUGGAUGUAUUGCACUUUGGAUUGUUUGUGAAAAAGGAUGAGUUUGAGAGAUGGAAGGUUGCGCUAGUCAACUUCAAGAACCAACUGCACUCAGUCUACCAGGCACAGGAGCAACAACAACGACAAAAGAUGAUUGAAGCAUCACUCAAGAGUGUGGGAUUAUCCAUGUUACAGCCACAAGAGCAAGGAUGGCCAGCAACUUCACAUGAAAUGGCACGACAAUCCACACCUACCCAACAACAACAACCACAACAACCACAAACGAGUAUGCAGCAACAAUAUCAUCAGCAAUACUUGUAUUUAUUGUCGAAAGCACAGCAACCACAAUUCCCUACGCAACCAAUUAAUCAACCUUUGGCUCGUGUACCAUUGCGGAUACCAGCUCAACCCGUUUACAUGAACGCACCCACUUAUUCAUCAUCAUCCCAUAUUGCUCCACAACCACAACAGACAGCGCCUGUGCAGGCACAGCAGCAACAACAGCAACCACCACAACCACCACCUCCUCAGUCCAAUGUGUAUGAUGCACCUAUGGUUGUUUCAUCUACACCAGCUACUGCUAAUAUCCCUCCUCCAACGUCUCGUCAUCAUUAUCCACAACAACCGCCACCACCUCCAUCGCAAAUCGAUACCCAAUACUCAACACAGUAUGCGUCACGUCCACAACAGCAACCACCCUCUGCUUCGAUGAGCAAGCCAGCCACACGUCCUGUAUAUGAUACUUUUGGUCGACCUAGUGAUCCUGUUUCGGCUGAUUCAAUGUAUCCUGGCACCUAUGCAUCAUUACAGACCACGCCAGCUUAUACAACAGCAGCAGCCUAUUCACAUCCAACAUCAGCAGCAGCCGUUGUACAACCACCAUCCACUACACAACCAGUAGUAAACAAUGCUGUAUUGCGCGCGUCCUCUACUCCAAUCCAAGGCGGGCACGAUUAUACCAUGAGUAGUGGUGGUAGCAAUCUACAACCACCCCAAGCAGCAGCACCACCUAGCAACACAUCUCGCUAUUACUAUGCAACCCCUUCAGCAACCCCCACAUCAACACACGCUGACAAUGGUCAAGGAAGUGGGUAUGCAGGAUAUGGUAAUGGGGUAUCUGUGCCACGACCCGUAAGAUCGUACUACCUUGAAUCACCAGCACAGCCACAACAACAUCCACAAAUUGCCACACCAGCAACGGCCAACGUAGAUUAUCAUGCAUACGCCAUGUCAUCGGCACCACCACAACCUCCACAACAACAACAACAGCAAGCCAUGGUCUCGGCUCCAGAUCCUUAUGCUGCAGCACAACGACCACCACCCAACAUGAUGCGUACGCCAACAUCUUCAACCCCAGCUGCUGGUUAUCAGUAUCCACCCCCAACUGCAGCAGCAGCACCUCCUCCCAACACAGCAGGUUAUGGCAAAUCAUACCCUUCAAGGCAACAACAACAUCUUUCUUCAGUACCACCCCAUCCUCAUCAGCCUCCACCCUCAUCCACACCAGCAGUAGCACCAGUAGCAGCAGCAUCCGAAGAGUAUAACAUCAGCGGUCCUGUACCAGAAGAUCCUCUCACAGCAGCUGAAUCCUACCGUACCCAUAGACGAUGA